AUGAAUGGAGAAAAUCAAUCUAGCCAAAUAAUAAAAGAACAUAUUACACCAGAACAAAAUAUAGAAGAUGAUAUAGAAAAAGAUAUAACUAGUGAUAAUCAAACUAAGAGUCAAAUAUUGACUAAUGAACAUCAAGCAACUAGUGAUAAUAUGAAUGGAGAAAAUAAAUCAAGUGAAACAAUAAGAGAAAAUAUUUUACCAGAACAAAAUAUAGAAGAUGAUAUAGAAAGAGCUAUAACAAGUGGCAAUCAAACUAAUAAUCAAAAAUUGACUAAUGAGUAUCAAGUCACUAAUAAUAAUAUGAGUGGAGAAAAUAAAUCUAGUCAAACAAUAAGAGAACAUAUUAUACCAGAACAAAAUACAGAAGAUGAUAUAGUAAGAGAAACAACUAGUGACGAUCAAACUAGUAAUCAAAUAAUGACUAAUAAACAUCAAGCAACUAGUAGUAAUAUGAAUGGAGAAAAUAAAUCAAGUGAGACAAUAAGAGAACAUAUUAUACCAGAACAAAAUACAGAAGAUGAUAUAGUAAGAGAAACAACUAGUGACAAUCAAACUAAUAAUCAAAAAUUGACUAAUGAACAUCAAGCAACUAGUAAUAACAUGAAUGGAGAAAAUCAAUCUAGUGAAGCAAUAAGAGAACAUAUUAUACCAGAACAAAAUAUAGAAGAUGAUAUAGAAAGAGAAAUAAUUAGUGACAAUCAAACUAAUAAUCAAAUAUUGACUAAUGAGCAUCAAGUCACUAAUCAUAAUAUGAGUGGAGAAAAUAAAUCUAGUGAAGCAAUAAAAAAAAAUAUUAUACAAGAACAAAAUAUAGAAGAUGAUAUAGAAAGAGAAAUAACUAGUGACAAUCAAACUAAUAAUCAAAAAUUGACUAAUGAACAUCAAGCAACUAGUAAUAACAUGAAUGGAGAAAAUAAAUCAAGUGAAGCAAUAAGAGAAAAUAUUUUACCAGAACAAAAUACAGGAGAUGAUAUAGAAAGAGAAAUAAUUAGUGAUGAUAAAACUAAAAGUCAAAUAUUGACUAAUGAACAUCAAGCAACUAAUAGUAAUAUGAGUGGAGAAAUUCAAUCUAAUGAAAUAGCAAAAGAACAUAACUCAUCACAUGAAAAUAUAGAUGAUGAUGUAGGAGGAAAAAUAACUAGUGAUAAUCAAACUAAUAAUCAAAAAUUGACUAAUGAACAUCAAACAAAUAUUGAUCAUAUAGAUGGAGAAAAUCAAUCUAGUGAAACAGUAAAGGAAAAUAACUCAUCACAUGAGAAUAUAAAUGAAAAUGACAAUACAGAAGAAGCAAUUUAUAAUGGUCAAACAAACAAUCAAAUAUUGACUAAUGAACAAUCUGAAGUGGAAAAUGAAGCAGAAAGAAAAGUAAAAUUAUAUGAUAAGCCACGUAAUAAUGAUGGAGAACAUAUUGUUGAGCCAUCGGGAAAAAUUAAAGAAAAUUCAGAUUCCAUAUUUACAAAAGAUAUAGAAGAUACAUCAGAAG